AUGGACCAGGUAACGACGCUAGGGACCGGCCCUGCGGCGGAUAGCCGUAGUCGGCCAGCCGACCGCAACGCUGAAGAACAAAAUUACAACCUCCCAUCACGCCCAGCCGACAUAUAUAGCCGGUUACGUGAGCAGACCGCGGGGCCAGGCAACCCUCCAAGUCUGAGUCGGGCCUCCACGGACCCAGCACCCAUAACUAGCCCGGCAGGACAGGAAGCAAAAGGCCACCAGUUCGAGAACCAGGGUGUUCCUUCCAGGCCUCAGAAUGAUGUUCCUAUUAUUGGGCUCCCAGAUGUCAGACGUCUCUCUGGAUUCGGCGCAGAUCUCACGGCCGCACCAUCGUCUGACGCUCAAAAAGACCAACCCUUAGAACCACAGCAGCAAGAGCCUCAAUUGCACCAUAACCCCUCCGUCGGAUUCCGGUCGGUGGUUAAUCAAGCCUUUGACGUUCCAGAGACACCGAGCACUACCAUCGAUAGCAUUGCUCGGUCGGAUAGCAAUAGCACGUCGGUAAUAAGCCCGAUUAUUCCUCCUCGUGGCACAAACGAGCAGACACCAACGAUUGAGGAAGAGCCGGAGAGUUCAUCUCCACCGAGAGGUUUUAAGCCUGGUCAUCGCCGUGAUCUGAGUGUUCCCAGUCCAGAUAACAGUCCUUUGAGAAGGCCAAUAAUCACCAAUAACGACACCAUCGCCCCCGAAGCAUUAGCAGAAAUGUCGUCGGACCCUCCAUCUGACUCACCUCAGGACCAGUCCACGCCAACAUAUCAACAAUCCACCGUGCCACCAACUACCACAGCCGCGGAAGAUCGACCUGCACCGCUCAAAAUCAGUGGUAACAUGUCUCCUCCUGAAAACUCCAUUCCCGCCAUUGUUCCCUCCCUGAGUACGGAAAAUUCCCCGCAAGACACCGAGAGUGACCGAUUAAGGAAGGAGAUCAUUCGUUCUUUGAGUCGGGAGAACACUCCAUCUGAGGAACCGGACCCGCAAGACAGGUCCAGGCCACAAACAAGUCGGCAGGAUAGUCUCAUUCCGAGCGAAUACGAACGAUACUGGAACGAAACAGCUAGUGCCAGUCCCCAGGAGGACUUCAAACCCGCCCUUGGAUACAACUCCGCGCAGAACGAGUCCCAGGGUUUAUACUCCAGUAGCCCCCUGCAGGCGUCUACUCUAGCACUAAAUGCGGCUCCGCAACAAGACACAACCCCUAAGUUGAAGAGGCGGUUUUCUUGGGAGUCUGCCUCCUCCGAGGAACAGGAUGCGCCCGCGACAGAGGUCCAAUCCCCUCCAGUAGGGCCAAUCCCGGGACAAUUUCCUGCAGUUGAUGAGAACAGUAUUCAGCCAUCGCCCGAGCCGGACACUGUGGCUCCGCCAGUUGAGACACCUGAUGAGGCUGGACGUGAUCAUGUGCCUGAGGUGCCUGAGAAGCCCAAGUUGACUAUCAUCCCCCCGUCUGCCACCGACAACAACAGCAUCGUUUCGGGUCGACAUCUUCCCGAAGUUGUCAAUGCCCAAACCGUUGGAGAUGCUUACUCCCCAGCAGUUACAAGCCAGGAAGCCAUAGCGUCUACUUCUGCACCCACGCAGUCGCCAUCUAUUGAAGCAAGCUUGCUUGGCUUCCGUGAUAUCCUCGAGUUGAAGACCUCCGACGAACGGGUGCAAGCGUUCAACAAAACCCGAGACCAGUUUGUGACGAUCGAUACCGGUCUAAAUAAUUGGCUCCGGGUUACUAUCCAUGCUCACCCUGAGUACGCAGAUGUUGUGCAGCAAAGUUUGAAACAGACAACGGAUGAGUCCAAGUACCCUGUGCCCCGGGCCAAAUUCCCGAAACUGUCGUCUCUUGGAAACCUUGUGUCGUCUCACCAGGAAGGGUCGUCCGGGUCGGGCCAUGUUCGACGUCCUUCGACUCAUCUUGGUUCCAUGAUGAAUAAACAGCAUGUGGAACAACGAGGGAAGGAUUUCCUCCACACCGCCGGCGUCUUCGGCGGCAAGGCUGGCGAAGCCGCCAAGGGUCUAUUUGCCAAGGGCAGGAGUAAAUUUAAAGGUGGAGGGUCAGACAAGGGGUUUGAAUCGAGUCGUGGUUAUCGCAGAAAAUUCUCCUUCUCAGAACUUGCUCUAGACCUAGCCGAAGAGGACCACGACAAGCGACGGACGGUCCACUUUGGAAGUCUCCCAGUGAUUAAUGGCGCUCGAGACAGCCAAGGGAACCGGUUGAGCUUGGACAUCAAGCGCAAACAAGUCCCGUCGGUCUCGGCGCGUAGACCGGUUGAGGGCGCGGCAGCAGACACGGGAUAUCACACGGAUCCUGAGCCAUCCGCCGCCCAUAGGCACCGUUCCGGUCCCAUACAGGAUCUGGACAAGGAAGUGGUCGCUGCACUCGGCUUCAGUGAUGCGGAUUCGCGAUCAGGUCAAUCGGGUCCUGCAUUGUCCUAUCGAGGCACCGCUGGAGAGCUGGCGGAAUUGGAGGCGUCUGACGCUGCUGUCCUUGCACAAACAGGGUUCCAGGAGCAUUGGGAGUUGCCUGGCGAUAGUGCAUCCUCGGCGCAUCGAUUAGCGCCCGUGCAACCUGACAAGGAUUGUCCUCCCCGAAAGCCUUUGUCGAGGAGGAGCGAAUCUCCCCCAGUGACCCCGAUUCAGGUGGCCAUCAAUGACGCGCCUUUGUUGAUCCCCGAGUACAAAAGCGACCAGCGGGACAUUGGCGACAAAAUCCUAUCGUGGACGGAGCAGGCCAACAGUAUUGACGAUUCAAUGGGCCAGCAAAAUAACAUUCAGCCACAACCUGCGCGCGACGAGCCGUCUCCCGAAUGCGAAACGACUACUACUACCCGGGCACCGUCGUCGAUGGGGAAACGGUUCUACUCCUCGGUCAUGGAAAGCAAAACUAGGGAUGUCCAACGUAGUAACGACGAGAUUAAUAAGGCAACGCUGCUAGAUCCGAGUCACCAUCGGCGGGGCUCCAGCGUCCAAGUGCGACUCCAACCCGUGCCCUCCUCCGUCUCAUCCUUGGGCACCCUCGAGGCUGAUCGAGACCCACCACGGCCAUUGCGCCAAGUACUCGGCCCGGCAAACUCGUCGCGAGUGUCAUUCUUGUCGGAUGGGGGCGAUGGUCAGCACCAAAGUCUUGGCGGCAUACUUAGACCCGAUCAUCCAGGGCGCAGGCCGAAGAGCCCCUGGCCAGGCGAUGAGGCUGAACAUGCCUCGCGCCGACUUAGCGGUGUCUUUCGACCUCUUCUGUCAGGCAGUAGUAGACCCCGCGAGACUUCCCAAUCGACCGACCAUGCUCGCUCCAACCCGCCCGCCCAGCCUGCCUCGAAGCAAGCGCCAACGCAGACUGCGUUAUCAACCAUGGAUAAGCUGAAGGUUGUCGGCAACAAAAUUCGUCGCCCUUCUCGGGGCUCUGAGUCCCACGGUGUCAAGACGGGUCAGCCACACCGGAAGGCGUUGGACAAAAUCAGUGGCUUCUUCAACCGUCGAGGGGAACAUGCCCGGCCCAAAUCAAGAGCCGCCGAAACCCACGUUCCACCGGUGGUGCACAUUCAGCGUCAAGCCCAUUCAAUGGACCGGCUUUAUCCCGUCUCAUCACAGCGCACGUCCACCUCGGAUCACUCUCACCUGCCCUCUGCCGAAUUUGAUCGCCCCCGAUCGAAUAUCGAGAACCACUCCUUCCAGGGCCAACCUCCCCCCGCGGAAGGGUACUUCGCUCCGGAAUCCUUCUCACGGCUCAAUGAUCCCCCCGAACCCGGCACCCCCUUGACGCAGCAGAUCACCGUCGAAGACGUGGCGAGCAAUACCAUCACGAGUCAUCGCAUUCCGUCGCCGACCGAUUAUUUUCGGCAUCGACACAGUGGCAGUGGAAGCGGAAAU